AUGAAUGUGUCAAGUACAUCGAUUCAACAAGCAACGCCUGCUACCAAAGAUGGAGCAGAUAUUAUGCAGCACAAUGUGCUACACACAGUAAUCGAAAGUAUACUGGUGACAGCUUACGUUUUUGUCCUUUUUAUCAUUAUAACAUCUAAAACGAGAGUAUUCAGAACUGCAUUUUAUCUAUUAUUUGUGGCAACAGGGAUUGCGGACAUAUUCGCCAUACUCAUAGCCUGCUUAAAUCGACUGAAUCGUCAACUUCGUUUGGGCCCAGAAUUUAAGCCGGUUUUCUCAGUUGUGAUAAUAUUCAGUGGUACAACGUUCCUUACUCACAUGAUCGGUAAUAUAUUUAUCGCAAUAAACCGAUAUUCUACUCUUCGUUUCCUGAAAAGCUACGAAAAGAUUUGGUGUCGAAGAAAUGUAUGGAUCAUGAUAUUUGUCCAGUAUAUCGUGGCAUUCGCUGUAUUUGCAAACAUGAUUGGUGUGGAAUUAUUAUACAAACAAGACAGUGACGGACGGUAUACCUAUGCUGGAGUGGAACCUUCAGCCAGUUGGAGGUACAGGUAUAUAUACGGCGGCGUGAGCCUUACUUAUGCUCUGAUCAGUGUCACUUGUAACGUCAAGCUUUUCCUAAGAUGGCGCAAGUUGUCCAAAAUCAGUGGUAACCAAAAGCUUUCUCGCCAUGAAAAGGGCCUUCUUCUUUAUACGGCGCUCGUGUUCUUCUCCACUAUGCUGAUGUGCAUACAGCAAGGCUUGAAAGCAGUCGCCAGCCUCUCCGGCAACACAGACUUUGAUGUAUGGGCUACUAUGCAGUUUUUCUGGAUAAACGACGUUAUGGUCUGUGUACCGCCUUUCUGUCUGGUGGUAUUGUCUACAGAGCUCCGUCGUGAUAUCGUCAAUUUCUUUCGCUGCACGCGACAACAGAACAAAUCUACCGCAUCUGUAACUGUUUUCAACGUUCGGCAAACUACUAUUAGAAAAUAA